AUGGAGCCUCCUGGGAAUAAGACUCUUGCUGCUUUUGUCCUGUUGGGGUUCUCUGAUAUGCCUCACCUUCUCCUUCCGAUCUCCUCCUUCUUCUUGGGUUCAUAUGUUCUUUGCAUUGCUGGAAACACCUUUCUCUCUUUGUUUAUUAUGUCACAGCGCCAGCUUCACACCCCAAUGUACGUCUUGAUGGCAAACCUUGCUUUUGUGGAUGUUUGCUUUACCUCCAUUAUCAUCCCCAGGGCUUUGUAUGGCCUCCUGUCUGGAGACACCCACAUGUCCAUCAAUAGCUGCUUUGUCCAGUUCUUCAUGUUUCUGGCAGUGGCCAACAUGGAUGGUUUUUUGUUGGCCAUCAUGGCCUUGGACCGAUAUUGUGCAAUUUGUUUCCCCCUACGUUACCUGAUAAUUAUGAACAGAAGAACUUGCAUCUGUAUGGUGGCUAUCUCGUGGAUCACGGCUUGUCUGCGCUCGGCUUUCUACACUGUGCUUAUUUCUUCUCAGCUGUUCUGUAGUUGGGUUAUCCAACACUUUUUUUGUGAUGCUCCAGUAAUCAUGAUGCUAUCCUGUACAGACAUUUCAGCUUCCCUGCAUAAUGCUGACUUCAUUGAAAGCUCCAUCUUCAUCUUUGGCCCAGUGCUCUUUAUCCUUGGGACCUACAUACUCAUUAUCAGAGCAGUGGUGGCUUUACAGUCAUCCCAAGGAAGUUGGAAGACCUUCUCUACUUGCUCAUCUCACCUGACCAUGGUCACCCUCCUCUACAGCGCAGUCAUAUUUAUGUAUUUUCGACCAAGCUCCAUCUAUUCACCAGCCUAUGAUCGUGCCAUCAGUGUGGCCUACAGCAUUAUUAUCCCAACACUCAACCCAUUCAUUUACAGCCUGAGAAACAAGGAGGUCAAAAAUGCUGUAAGAAAAAUUCUAAAGUAA